GUCAUUCUUUUAAAUUGGAACGGGAACUAUCAUUAAAGAAGCCAACUCCUGCACGGUAAUAAUUGUCUGCCAAUACAGUGUGUGCUAAUUUGAUCUGCCUCCAGAUUCGAACUUACUUCCAUAUAAAGGUUGUAAAUAGCAUUGACAACCCCAAUCUUUAGUUGAGAACUGUUCAGAUCUCGAAUGAUAAGCCGUCUUGAAACAUCUACAUAAUACCACUUACCUCAUUCCCACCCCUUUCUUAUCCUAACUACUUUUGAUCUGUGACGCCUUCAUCGAAAUGGCGUCUUCGGAAAUCGAGAAAGAGACAGAAAUUUCGUAUUUGCGGCAAGAGAUCUUAACCUACACCCCUGGGAAUGCAUCCCCGGGUGAGGAUGAGAGGGUGGCCUGUCUCUAUCCGAAGAAACUUAUCAUCUACAUGAUUGACGUCAUCACUGGUGGUGUCUCAGAUACUGUCCUGGCAAACCUAAGAUCUGCACUUCUUGUUGAUGGGAAUGUAGGUGAAAGCCUCAAGGAACCAUUUAAUGAAGAAGAUCGUGAGAUACGUCUUACUGAUUUUAUAUCAGUCAUUAUACAUCAUCAUGUUUCAGGAGAAGCUGUUGAUCAACUACGAGUGAAAGCGCUUUCUGAGGUAGUUGGAUGCUUCCUGGUCGUAAUUGGAGAAUCGGGUGUGGCACUUUCUCAGUUUCUAAUGUCUGAUUGGAUAUCACCAAUAUCUGACAUUACAGGCCGGCCUCCUAUUAUAUUAAUGAUAUGUGACUUGGGAAAGCAGCAUGCCGACUGGACGAGAGGGCAGCUUAGAGAUAUUGGGAUCAUCGAUAUCUACGAGAUGCCAUAUCCUGGAAACCUGUCUCUUGAGGAAGAUUUGGAACUCCUCAGGAUGCUUCAAAGGUGCCUGGUUGAAAGUGAUGAAGGGGUAAAGAUAAGGUUUGCCAAGACCAUGGAGGAUAUGUGCAGAGAUCCGGCAUUUCGAAAGAUUUACGAGCAAGCAUUGGAAGGUAGCAAGAGGGCCAAACAGUUGGAGAAACUCAUAGAGGAAGAACGAGAGAGAAUCGAAGAUAUGGAGGAUCUGAAGGAAAGACAUGGAGAGGAGAUACGAACAAGGGAGGGGCAUUGGCAGAAGAAACUGGACGACAAAGAUGAAGAUGUUCGGGCUUUGUCAGACAUUGUCCAAAUGACAUGGGGGAGGAACGAGACUGGUCUCGAGGCUGUUAGGCAACAGGUUGAACACCUAAAGGAAGAAAGAGAAGCAGACAGAUCACGUCACCAGGAAGACAAACUCGCCAUGGAAACAGAAUGGAAGGUCGAAAGAGAAGCACUAGAAAAGCGCAUACAUGCUUUGACUGACGCAGUCAAAAUGGCAGAACAGAUGGAGGAGAAACUCAGACAAGAGAUUGUGGAGGUAGAGAACAAUAGUGACGAACUAAGGAUAAAACAUGAUGACGAAAAGCGUGCUUUGGAAGCAAAGUUGAAUUACGAAGAAGAAUCUAAUGAGGAAGCGAUUAAACAGGCGAUCAAAGACAAAGAGUUUACUGAAGAGGCAAUGCGACAGAAACUUAACGCACUCUUGACCGAAAGGGAGGAAGAAAAGGCGGCCCAUCUCAAGGAGAAACGUUUAUUGAAACGACGGGUGAAGAAAGAAGGAACACGCAUAGAACAAUUGGAGCGGGAAACCCAGAAACUGAGGAAUAAGAUUCAAAUUGAAAGUGAGAUGCGAUCCAUGGAACAGCAAAGAGCGUCAGAGAGAUCUGGCUUUUCAAGUUUCGCCAUCCGGUUGAUUUCAGGAUCACAAAUGGAUCUUACUAAAGGUAUUCAUAUUGUCGAUGAUAAGCAAGGUAAUGUGCAUCUAACAGCAGAUUCGACACUCUCGUUAGGGUCUAAGUCACCACCAGCUCGUGACGAGUUUACGGACAUCCUAAAGCAGAUAGCAGACGAUCUUUUCGAUGAAGCUCAGAUUGACAGCCUUGGCGGCCAGCUUGGGAUCAUCCAGGGAGACAUUGUAAGGGCCAUCAAGACCAACAUGAGGUUUCACAAGAUUACGAGUGAUGGGACGUAUGAGAUGCUCAAGGAAUGGAGAAAAGGCGUGUCCGGGGAAGAUGAACGGAUUGAACUGAGGAGGGCGCUGUUGGCUGCCAAGCUAGUCGACCUUGCUGAUCGAUAUCUGCCACAAGAAGUGGAAGAAGCCUUGGAAACCCCUGACCUUACAAACAAGACUGAGGAGAAAGACACCAACAUAGAAUGUGAGGAGGAUGGAGAGGUUCCGAAAGAAGGCAUCAGCAAAGAUGAGAAAAGGGCUAACCAGUCUUAUGAUCAAAACCAAAUCGAAGAAUUAGAGACGGUUGAAUCCAACCAAAACGAAGACGCAGACUCUGACGUAUCUGACGAUGUCGCUAAACAGGAAGAGCUAGAGCGAAGGGCACUGAUGUUUAUCCAAGAAGAUGGCAAUACCAAUGGUUUGGAAAUGGGGAAAGCUGGAGUAAAUUUCAACAUUGGUGACAUCGAAGGAACUGACAACCCACCGUCUGAUGCAGCGAUCGUUACUGAGAAUGAGUUACAGCUGGUAGUAGAUAAGAGUGGAGAUGGUGCAAAUGACGUCAUAAUACAAGAUAUAGAGUUAAAACAUGGGAGCAGAAGAGAAACAGGGCAGAUUGGAGAACAGUUGGAGGUAGGAGUGAAGAGUAAACCAUUUUUUAGAUGGAGUCUGAACCAAACAGUACAAGAGGCCAGAGAGGUCAAUGAAAGCAACAUAUUAGACGAUAGUUCAGAUCAGGUCAAAUUAUCUUGUUAUUGCUGUUACAUCUAAGGAUUUUUACUUAACCCUAUCUAGACGGGGGGGG